AUGGUUGAGAAAGGCAUGUGCACGUCAAGCCUUCCUCCGACCUUCCGCGAGGCAAUUUACGUUGCGCGCGGCAUGGGAUUCUCGUACAUCUGGAUCGAUUCACUAUGCAUCAUCCAAGAUGACAAAGAUGACUGGAAGGCUGAAGCAAGACGAAUGGCUAUCAUCUACGACAAUGCAACCUGUACAAUUGUUGCGAUGGAUGGCCUUGACAGUGAGGCCGGUCUCAGCAUACAGAACUCGGAGCUCAAGAGCGCUGGUAUUUUGGAUUCUAGGGCUUGGCUUGGUGGCUCGACGAGCACCAGAGACUUCCGCUUGCCGCGUCCUAUCCCCAAGGAGGAGAAUGCAUGGGAAGAUGUGGAGGACGAAGAAGAGAGUGAAGAAGACGCGGAAGAUGAUGAACUCGAGGGAGCAAACCACGAGGGAGAUGAUAUCGACGUUGACAGUAGCGAAGAUGCUGUUGAAGACGAUGAUCAUGAAGGCAGCAAUGAAGAAGCCGAGGAUUCAUCUGAUGACGAAACCCACGGAAUGGAAAUCAACACAACUCACUUCGCGGAUGACGGUCAGAAUCACCGAGGCUCUGAGUUCGACGACGAAGCCUACGACAGCGAUGGCUAUCCAGCUUACCGAGGAGGUCUGCCUGGGCAUGCUGCAAAUCUUUCGGUUUUUCUCGAAGGCAAGGGGCCAUCUAAGUUGUAUCGUGUGCACCCGGACGGCCCAAAUGACGACGGAACUGAUCCGUUUGGGGAUUACAUGGUCGUGGCAACUGAUCUCAGCCGACCCCGAGACGUGUAUUAUCCUUUUCUCAAAACCUGGUGGCAGUUUCUCUCCAACUACUCCUCGCUAUCUCUAAGCUACAGCUCGGACAAGUUCCUCGCUAUCAACGGUAUCACCACCGUGGCCCAAAGAUGGACACAUCUCCGGUCAUCUUUUGGUCUUUUCUACCACUUCUUCGAGACAGAGAUGCUAUGGUACGUAGAUCCGAAGGGUCCGUCGGGGGAGCGACAGAAGCCUUGGCUGGUACCGACAUGGUCGUGGGCCUCGACACGCAAUGGCAGCGUUGUCAACGACAUGUACCGCCGUCUGCCGAUGCGUGGUAGUCUUAUGAUCAAACCUGAAAUCAAGAUGGGAAUGGGCACCGCGUUCGACCAGCCGCUCCCUUUCGCUGCAUGGAUGGCUCGACGUUAUCAUACUCUCGAGAUGAAGGGCGAUUUGAGGAAAGGGGUUGUCACAGCAACUCCAGGUAUUAACGGAGAGACCAAGUACACUAUCGCACUGGACAAGCUUGGCCGGUUCUCAGACGAAGAGGUGCACGACUUUCGACCUGACUGUGCCGAGGAGUUCCCAGUUGGCCAGUCGGUCAAUGUGCUCUACAUGGUUUGGUAUCAUUAUGACGCCGAUUACUGGAAGCUCGACAAGCACAUCGACGUUGGCUUGGUGUUCAAGCAAAUGAAGGGGGAGACAGAAAUCACCAUGUACGAGGAAGAUGUGGCCAAGGAGUCAACCAGCGAGCAAAGGCUUCUGACCCGUCUGGGAUAUUUGGAGACCACGUAUCCCACGGGAAGCCGGCGAAACAUGGCGGAAGUGAUGGAAGAGUUGACCUGGUAUUUUGUAAGAGUGGCAUAA